AUGGCGGACAUGAUUGAUCUUUUGUCGGUGCAGAUAAUAGAGAAGCAGAUAGAGAAGUGCGGCUACAGGACGGACUCCGAUGUACACGAGCUCUACCUGGGCAGGAAAGGGCUCCGAGAAAUCCCGGAUCUGUCGAGGUUUCGCAUGUUAAAAUAUUUGUGGCUUAAUCAUAACAAGAUAUCCAGGGUAAACUACUUAAGCACUAAUUUCCGUCUGUCUGAGCUCCACCUCGACCACAAUGAACUCUGCGAUAUAACAGGUUCUCUGAAGCAUUUAACCUCGUUACACACGCUGAUGCUGAAUGAUAACCGCCUGACCCAGCUGCAGGCCACCGUACAAGAGCUGAAACGGAUGACCAACCUCCGAGUCCUAAACUUAUUUCACAACCCUCUACAGCAAGACUCAGGCUAUCGGUCUUACGUCGUCCAGCACCUUCCGUCAGUCGAGCUCCUCGAUCGGGAACAAGUCAGACAGAAGGAGAGAGAAGAGGCCUUCAAGCUCUUCAACCCGGAGAGAACAGCGGUGCUCCAGUCUUUAGGAUUCGGGAGAAGGACGGACUCAGUUCUUGGUGGUAGACCCCCCAUACAAGGUUCAGCGUCAUCCUGUAGAUCAAUGGAGCAUUCAGGCAAUUGUGAUAUCACGGGUGUCUCAGACAGAGAAAACGUCCUUCCUUUUGAAGAUCAAGUUUUAUUAAGAGGAUACCAAAGAUCCAUCAUGCGGUUUUCUCUUGUGGACUGGAGCAGAAUGCCCCCGUCUUUCCAGAAGCGCACUGCAGAGCAGCCCUGCGACCCGCCUCCCCUGAUAUCGCUGGAGUUCAGAUAGAAGUGGGUACCGGUGGGCACUGAGAAGGCAUUCCACUCAGUUGUAACAAUUCUUUAUUUAAUGCAUUGGUCCAAGAAAACAUUAAGAAAUAAACGCCCUGUGCUCAUAUUACACCCAGGGCUAGACUGGGACAAAAAUUUGGCCCUGGACUUCAUCCAGACUGGCCCACUUUGACAGGUCUCUCCCAUGGCGG